UGAAACCGCUUUAAUUCGAAAUUAAAAGUUUAUGCACAGGCAAUUCUACGAUUCCGAACGGUGCGGAUCUGAUGAUGUGGCUGUUCCGAAGUGGAGAUAUGCAGCAGCCAGAUCCUCGUCCUUGCAAUGGGCCAGCUAUAGUGUCAGCGGACGCGCCCACCGCACAAGUCGCCACAAAUAAUGUGUUCAAUGAAGCGUCCAGGAAAUCUGGUAUAGCCAAUUGGCUGUGGAACCUGACAGGGCGUCGCCGGCAACGCCGAGAGAAGAUGGGUGACCCCGGUGGAGAGAUGCAGGUGAUGCUGACCACACCAGACAGAGUUAAUUCCGGAGACGUGUGUCUAUUGACCGAGAGCCCUUAUAGAAUAUUGAGGGCUGCAGAAAGCGGUAAUGUCGAGGAUUUUAUGCGCCUUUACAUUGGCGAUCCAAACCGCCUGACAGUGCAAGACGUGCGCGGGCGCAGCGCCGCUCAUCAAGCCGCAGCGCGAAAUAACACCAAUAUUCUGCAAUUCAUCAAGACCUAUUCUGGCGAUUUGAACGUCCAAGACAAAGCUGGAAACACUCCACUCCACGUGGCAAUAGAAAACGACGCGCUUGAUGCAAUUCACUUCCUUUUGGACGCGGGCGUCUUAACAGAUGUGCUGAAUGGAAGACAGCAAGCACCAAUACAUUAUGCUACUGAAUUAAACAAGGUGGCCGCGCUUCAAGCAUUUGCAAAGUACAAGAAAUUAUUCGACGCGGACCUUGGUGGAGAGCACGGUCGUACCGCGCUGCACGUCGCUGCUAUACACGACCACGACUUGUGUGCCCAGAUUCUGAUAUCCGAUUUAAAUGCGGAGUCGAAACGCCCUUGCAACAACGGAUACUACCCAAUUCACGAAGCGGCCAAGAACGCUUCAUCCCGGACCAUGGAAGUAUUCCUGCAGUGGGCAGAGUCCAAAGGCUGUACCAGAGAGCAAAUGCUAUCCCUGCAUGAUAACGAGGGCAAUGUGCCCCUGCAUUCCGCGGUCCACGGCGGCGACAUAAGGGCCGUAGAACUGUGCCUCAAAUCUGGGGCAAAAAUUUCUACGCAGCACCAUGAUUUAUCUACGCCAGUUCAUCUUGCCUGCGCUCAGGGUGCACUUGAGAUCGUGAAACUGAUGUUCACAAUGCAACCAAAAGAGAAAAUGGUGUGUCUAAAUUCGUGCGACGUUCAAAAAAUGACACCCAUACAUUGCGCAGCCAUGUUUGACCAUCCUGACAUUGUUAGUUACCUCAUUUCUGAGGGAUCAGACAUAAAUCCAUUGGACAAGGAAAGGCGAUCACCCCUGUUGCUGGCCGCCUCCCGGUGCGGCUGGAGAACCGUUCAUUUAUUGAUGGAACUUGGCGCUAAUCUCGAAUUAAAGGAUAUCAACAUGCGAAAUGUUUUACAUUUGGUCGUAAUAAAUGGGGGACGACUUGAGGAUUUUGCUAAAAAAUGCAAAGAACGUAGUGAGAGGAGUCUGGAAGUCCUCUUAAAUGAAAAAGAUAAUACCGGGUGUUCCCCGCUUCAUUACGCCAGCCGUGAAGGUCACAUUAGAUCCCUCGAAAAUUUAAUCAAACUGGGCGCUUGUAUCAACCCCAAGAAUAAUAACAAUGAAAGUCCACUGCAUUUCGCUGCCAGGUAUGGCCGUUUCCACACUGUUUGUCAGUUGCUGGACUCCGAUAAAGGAACGUUUAUCAUCAAUGAAAGUGACGGUGAAGGUUUGACACCGCUUCACAUUGCGUCGCGGGAAGGGCACACCCGAGUAGUUCAUUUGCUGCUCAAUAGAGGGGCUUUGCUUCACCGAGACCACAACGGUCGCAAUCCGCUCCAUCUAGCGGCCAUGAGUGGAUACACGCAAACUAUUGAGCUCCUACAUUCCGUGCAUUCACACCUUCUAGACCAGUUGGAUAAAGAUGGCAACACCCCGCUUCACUUGGCCACGAUGGAGAACAAACCGAAUUCCAUAGCGCUUCUGCUUUCAAUGGGAUGUCGCCUCGGCUACAAUAGGCGUGAAAUGAGUGCUAUUGACUACGCUAUAUAUUACAAAUUCCCUGAAGCUGCUCUCGCAAUGGUCACUCAUGAAGAAAGGGCUCAAGAAGUAAUGGCCCUACGAUCUCAUCGCCACCCCUGCGUGACCUUAGCAUUGAUAGCUUACAUGCCCCGUGUGUUUGAAGCAGUUCAAGAUAAAUGUAUCACUAAAGCCGACUGCAAGAAAGAUUCUAAGAGUUUCUAUAUCAAAUACUGCUUCUCCGCCCUAUGUCCUCCGUUAAAACCUGAGGAUGGGAAUAAGAAACCGGAUAGCGCUAUAAAAUCACCAUUACCAGCCCUAAACGCAAUGGUAGCUCAUGGUCGCGUUGAAUUAUUAGCACAUCCGCUCAGCCAAAAAUACUUGCAAAUGAAAUGGAACUCGUACGGAAAAUACUUUCAUCUGACCAAUUUGUUAUUCUAUUGCAUAUUUCUUGUGUUUGUGACCCUCUAUGGCUAUCUCUUAAUGAAAGGACCGUCUGAUACUAAGAAACAGAUGAAAAACGUAUCGGAAGUUAUAAACGAAACACUAAGCGGUGAAUUUGUGCUCGAGAAUGAAAAUAAUACGAACAACAACAUAAGUAAAAUAACAAUAUUUCCGUUCACCUUUGCAUUCGAAACCAUGGUAGCAUUCUACGUAAGCAGGGUUACGAUCCUGUCCUACAACUGUGUUUGCCUGAUUCGAGAGCUGUAUAACAUAAAGCAACAGAAAUGGCAUUACCUUGCUGAUCCAUCCAAUUUUGUUUCCUGGAUAUUAUACGUCAGCUCCACGCUGAUGGUUUGCCCCACCUUAGCUUCUCAUUCGACUGAUCUGCAGUAUUCUGCUGCAUCGAUAACUAUGUUUUUAUCCUGGUUUGGACUACUUCUGCUCUUACAACGCUUCGACCAGAUCGGAAUCUACGUAGUGAUGUUCCUGGAAAUCCUACAAACUCUGAUCAAAGUGCUAAUGGUCUUUUCCAUUUUAAUUAUUGCAUUUGGAUUGUCAUUCUACGUACUGCUGUCAAAAGUUGGUUUGGCUCUUACGGGAAAUCAUCUGUCUUUUGGAAGCAUUCCCAUGUCGCUGUUGAGGACAUUUGCCAUGAUGCUUGGUGAAAUUGAUUUCGUUGGUACAUAUGUGCAACCGUACUACAAAUCUGAAUCUGAAGUGUUUCUACCAUAUCCUUUAAUGACGUUUGUAAUACUAGGACUUUUCAUGGUACUCAUGCCAAUUCUGCUAAUGAAUCUGCUCAUCGGUUUGGCUGUUGGUGACAUUGAGAGCGUUCGGCGAAAUGCUCAGUUGAAGCGUUUAGCUAUGCAAGUUGUCCUGCACACGGAGCUGGAAAGAAAACUACCCGCUUUUAUUUUGGAGAAAGUAGAUAAAUCUGAGGUGAUUGAGUAUCCCAAUACUAGCAAGAGUAAACUGGGUUUCCUCGACACUCUUUUGCGUAAGUGGUUCUGCAAUCCUUUUACCGAAGACGCUGGUUUGGAUCUUGUACUUGAGAGCAGUGAUGAUUACAUGGCAUGUCAAUUAGAGAAACAAAAAUUUCGGCUCCGUGAAAUAAGUCGUGUAGUGGAACAACAGUACAUGUUACUGAGGCUUAUUGUGCAGAAAAUGGAAAUAAAAACUGAGGCGGAUGAUGUGGAUGAAGGAAUCAUACCAGGCGAGUCUCGCUUUCCCCGCUGGAACUCCCCUCGGCUCCGCCAGAAUGCUCGCCCUCCAACUAACACCAAUAGGGUCGGCUGAUGGUACAUUUUAAAUACACCUAACCGUAACUUAGUACUUUGUACAAAUUUACAUACAAUACGGUAGGCUGUACCUGAAAAAUAAACGGUUGGACCGUCACGCGUCUAAACAGACAACCGGCAUGUUAAAUAAUAAAUGAUAAUGAAAUGAUUUAAAUAUAUUAUAUUAUCUUGAUAUAAAUUUUAAAAUACAAUCGCUUUCUCUACAUACUGUUAGUACCCCAUAAUGAGAGAAGAACAAACAAAAAAAGUGUAAAAAAUCUUCGUAUCUCAAGUCUGACAGCCAUUUGAGAUAUUAAGAUGCUAUUUUCAUCUGAAAUAAUACCUCUCAUUAUGGAAUACCUUUAUAAAACAAUUAAGUAUUUCUUCUAUCUAUUAAUUCCUCCUUAGUUUCCAUAGUAGUGACCAUCUUACACAAAAAAUAUAAAAAAAGUAGAUUUAGUGUAGAUGUGUAAUUUAAAUAAAUGUUAAAAAUAAGUAUAUUGCAUGUUAUGUCAUGUAAAAUUAAGAUGUAUUUUAAAAUGAUUUUAGUAUUUUAUUAAAAAAAUAUGUAUUUUAAUGAAUAUUUUAUUAUAAAUGUUAUUUUUUAUCUAGAUAUUAUUAAUGUUAUAUUACCAGAUCUUCUUUCAUGCUUUCGUUCAUUUUGUAUGAAAAACAAAAACAUCAAAAAUAAGAAAAGUAGAACAUUAGUAAUUAUAUAAACAGUAAAAUAUUUAUAAUAUAAUUGGCCCAGCGCGACCGUGGUAAAAUAAUCCUUAAAUGUUACAUGUUGAUAUGACCUUGUGCUGCGUACAAAUGUUUCUGGAAACAUUUGAUUAUUUUAAACCCCUUAAGAGUUCUUCUUAAUUAUGACAAGUAGAAAGCAUAAUAAAAAAGUAAAAAAAAAGUAUUGUAAAUAACAGAUCAUAUUAGUAUUAGAGAUAAAUGAUUGAUAAUGAUUAUUAUUAAUAAAAUGAAUAUAUAUUACAAAAAAAAAUUAGAAUUUUUAUAUUAUGUGGAUAUUCAUGUUUGGGUGUGCCUUUGUAGAGAAUGUAUUUUUGAGAGAACGAUUAUUAUACGUGGAUUUGUGAUAAGCGAACUCUAAGUUCUUUGUAUUUUAAAAAAAGCUUUUCGGUGUUUUUAAUUUUGAGAAAAUUAAUACCAUUUAUCACGCUGAAAAAAAAAUCACGACUCGAAUCAUAUAAAUAAGAAUAAGUGUUUACAAUAAUAAAAAAUGAAAAAAAAAAAGCAUAACUUUAGACAAAAAUGAAACACUUCACGAAAUUUUAAAUAAGAAUAAUAUAUGUAACGAUAACACUUUUAGUUUAAGGUAAAUGUCUAGAAAUUAUAAAGACAUCAUUAUUGUAGGUUCAAUGAAGUAAAUAAUAGUAUAUAUUAUUUGUAGAAUUAUGGAAGUAUAAUUGGCCUCUUAUAUUUUUAAUGUUAAAAUGUAUUAUAUUAUAAAAUAUGUACCUUCUUUAUGUCCGGCCAGUUUGAUAGAGAAUCAAAUGAAUUAUAACAUUGGACAUAAUAUGUUGUUUAUUUUUUGGAAAAUUGUAAAAAUUACAAUUUAUUCAUCUGAACAUUCACGAGAUAAAUGAUAUGUCAUUAGAUAUAAUCCUUUUAAAACCCUUAAUUCAUGAUAUUCGUGUUUUAGGUAUCAUUGAUGUUAAUUAAAAAAUAGAAUGUAGUUGCCAAAUAUUAUACCUGAUACAUACGAAUUAUAUUAAAAUUACAUUGUAAUAUUAAACUUAAUAGUAAUUUAGUCAUAAAUGAUAUUUGUUUAUUUUGUCUAGUUGUUUGUAUGUCGUCAAUUAAUGUCUAAAUGUUAUACAAUUGUGGUGUUGUACAAAACUGAAUUUAAAUGUAAGAGCUUUUAGAUUGGUGUCUGUUAUCGAUGUAAUUUUAUUUAGAUUAAGUACAUUUCCUUUAAAUUAUUAGCUUUAUGGAUCAUUAUUAAUCUCUUCUUUGUACGCUCUCUUUUCGCGUGGAUGAUAACAAGCUGUAACAUCAACUUAAUGAAAACUAAAACAAGACAAUCUUUAUUCUUGAUUAUAUUUUUCGAAAUUGAUCACUUAAAGUAAACUCAUUUCCUCGGCUACAUAUUUCUUUGUCAUCAUCUUAAAUUAUUAAGAGAGCACACGAAAAGAUGUAAGUCAGUGUUAAACUUUAAGCGUGAGAUAGUCUUAUAUUGAGUGUAUUCUUUCAUUAUUCGUUGAUAUACCUAAGAAUAAAUGUAAUUUAAUGUUACUAACAAUGAAUGUCGUAGAAAAAUAUGUGUCAUAUUUAUAAAGUUAGUAGUUUUAUUUAAACAUAUAUAUUAUUGUCUCUUUUUUAUACUUUUGCUCAGUCGUCAGCCAAAUCAGCUUUUGCCGGUUUAAAAGUUUUCCUAUGUUGUUUAAAAUAUUGUAUUUUAAUUUAAUACUUACUAAGUCGUCGAGCACAUUAAAAUAAGUUUAAAUUAUUUGUAUAUUCUAGUCUU